AUGGGGAAGGCGGCGAUGUGCGACAAGGUUCCUGGGCCAUAUUCAAGCCCAGGACAUGCCAGGAAAACGUGCGCCCCGUCAGAGUUUGCCUGUCUAAAUGGCCAGUGUGUGCCGGGACGAUGGCGUUGCGACGGGGAACCAGAAUGCCCAGACGGCUCUGAUGAGGCAGAGGCAACCUGCAGCAAACAGACGUGCCCUCCAGAGAAAUUUGACUGCGGGGGCUCCACCAACAAGUGUGUCUCGUUGUCAUGGAGAUGUGAUGGGGAGAAGGACUGUGAGAACGGGGCGGACGAGCAGGACUGUGCGUCCGAUGCCAAGGCCUGCCCCAGCGGGGAAUUCAUGUGUGCCAACCGCAAGUGCCUCGCCACUGUGUACGUGUGCGACGGCGAUGACGACUGUGGCGAUGGCAGCGAUGAACUCAAGUGCUCCUCCCCUCUGACCUGUGGGCCCAAUCAUCUCCGCUGCAACACCUCCGAGUGUGUGCCGCUCAUGUGGAGCUGCGACGGAGACCCCGACUGUUCCGAUGGGUCGGACGAGGGGCCGGAGCGCUGCGGCGGCGACGGGGUGCCGUACCCGCCGAGCCGCCGGGCCAACUGCACCGUGGGGGAGUUCCGCUGCGCCAACGGGGAGUGUGUGCGGUUGGCCUGGAAGUGUGAUGGAGACCCAGACUGCAAGGACAAGUCUGACGAGUCUGACUGUCCCCUGCUGACGUGUCGUCCUGAUGAGUUCCAGUGUGGCGACGGCUCGUGUAUCCACGGCACCAAGCAGUGCAACAAGGUCCAUGACUGUCCCGACCACAGCGAUGAGGCCGGCUGUGUCAAUGCCACCAAAUGCGAGGGGCCCUUGAAGUUUCUGUGCAAGAAUGGAGAGUGCAUCGACAGUGCCAAGGUGUGUGACUCUGUCAAGGACUGCAAGGACCGCUCAGACGAGCCCAAGAAAGAGUGUGGGCUGAAUGAGUGCAUGAUCAACAACGGCGGCUGCUCCCAUGUUUGCAUGGACCGACCAAUCGGCUUCGAGUGCCAGUGCCCCACUGGCUACCAGCUACUGGACAAGAAGACAUGUGGCGACAUUGAUGAGUGUGAGAAUCCUGAUGCAUGUAGCCAGAUCUGCAUCAACUACAAGGGAGACUUUAAGUGUGAGUGCUAUGAAGGCUACGAGAUGGACCCUGUCACCAAGACCUGCAAGGCGGAGGGCAAGAGCCCUUACCUUCUGUUCACCAACCGGCAUGAGAUCCGUCGUCUCGACCUGGUGAAACGGGACUACAGCCAGGUGGUGUCCACCCAGAAGAACGCUGUUGCCCUGGACCUGGACGUGGCCAACAACCGUGUUUUCUGGUGUGAUCGCUUCCACCGGAAAAUCUACAGUGCCUUCAUCCACGAGGCCAGCGACCCGUCCCAGCAGGUGCCCCUGGUGGACUCGGCGCUUCAGUCUCCGGUGGGUCUGGCUCUGGAUUGGCUGCAGCACAACCUGUACUGGACCGACUCUGGCGACAAGUCCAUCUCUGUGGCCUCGGUGGACGGCACCAAGAGACGCGUCCUCAUCAGCACCGAGCUCAGCGAGCCUAGAGCCAUAGCGCUGGAUCCCCACCACGGCUUCAUGUACUGGUCAGACUGGGGCACACAGGCCAAGAUAGAGAAGGCUGGGAUGAACGGAGUGGACCGUCAGGUGCUGGUGUCUGACAACAUCGUAUGGCCCAAUGGCAUCACUCUGGAUGUAGCCAACAGACGGCUGUACUGGGUGGAUUCAAAGCUGCACCUCAUAGCCAGCGUGGACCUGAACGGUGCUCACCGCAGAACACACUUGUCAUCCGCAGAGAGGCUGGGUCAACCAUAUGCUCUGGCUGUUUUUGAGGAUCGAAUAUACUGGACAGACAGAGAGAGGGAGGCUGUGUUCACGGCCAACAGGCUGACUGGUCAGGACAUCCACACGCUGGCUGAACACCUCAACGACCCCCACGACAUCGUGGUCUUCCACCAGCUCCGACAACCUCAAGGCCCAGACAGCUGUAAUCUGGGCAGCAUGGCCAACGGAGGCUGUGAGUACUUGUGUCUCAAGGCUCCUCAAAUCACCGAACACUCCCCUAAAUAUACCUGCGCCUGCCCUGAUGGACAGGACCUGGGGCCUGACAUGAGGGGCUGUGUGCCAGCAGCACCAAGAAACGACACGACACCAUCAUCCUCAUCUCCUACGGGCUCUGCGCCUGGCACAAGAGCAGCCGAUGCCGAGGACUUCCCACCGGCAUCAGGCGGAGUAUCACAGGCGGACGCCAUCCCCCACCUGACCACGGCUCCGUCCGGUGCUCCUGACCUCCUCACGCCCCUCAGCACCCACAAGCCUAUGUCGGAGGAGGAGUCGAAGGCCCUGGGCUCCCACCCCACCGCCACCGCCAUGGUCAUCUCCACCACGCCUGCAGGGGACAGCAGCAUCUCACAUCACUCCGGCAGUGAGCAUUUCCUCCUGGGUGAGAAUCUGACAGUGGCUGUUUUGGGGGUGGUCAUUCCCAUCGUUCCUAUCGUUGCCACAGUGGUAUUCGGCCUACUCUGCGCCGGAGUCUACCUGGUGUGGCGCAACUGGCGGCGCAACUCCACCAAGAGCAUGAACUUCGACAACCCCGUCUACCGCAAGACCACCGGUGAGGGCGAGGAGGACGAGAUCCACAUCGGGCGGACUGAUGCCAUGGGACACCACACGCACCACCACACUUACCCGUCGGGCGUUGGCGUGGGAGUCGUGGGAGCGGGAGGGGGCACUUGCCCACAGUUCAUCGCCUUGCCACUUGGGGGCAGCAUGCCCGACCCGGGAACUCACUGGUACACAGAGCAACCCAUGCUUUCUACUGCAAAGUGA